AUGGAGCUUCUAGAGCAGGGGAGCAACCUCCUGAAACCUGUUCCCUUUAGGAAUGUGUUUGGCGAUUGUGUGGAAGAUGGAUGGGAGUGGCUGGAUGGACGAGUCCUCACGCCCAAGACCUUCCUGGACUCCCAGGAGCUCGGCGAUGGGAGCGUUCCUCGCCAAGGGAGCUACUGCGCAGACGCGGAAGUUCAUGCUUCCUGUUCAGUUUCAGAGCCGUCCAGAGACACCUCUGCCUCGUGGGACCCCAGGGGCCUGGGUACGGGCCAGAGCGGGGAGCAGGAAGGAGCCAGAAUGGGCCCCGAGUUCCUCACCAGCAGGCCCCCCCAGGCACAGAUUGAUUUGUUUCAGGAAUCAGUGACCUUCAAGGAUGUGGCUGUGGACUUCACCUGGGAGGAGUGGGGCUACCUGGACACUUCCCAGAAGGAGCUUUACUGGGAGGUGAUGCUGGAGAACUACAGGAACCUGGUCAGCCUGGGCCUUGCAGAUUCCAACGUGAACAUAAUCUCUCAGCUGGAGUCAGGGGAAGCACAUGGGAUUCCAGUGGAUAGAGUCCUAAGAAGCUGCUGGCCAGAUGGGGACACCAGGCCUCAGACCAAGGAGUCAAUGCCAAAGUUAAGUAUGUCUAUAGAAGUCUUAUCCCAGCAAAAGUCCUUGUGUAAUGACCCAUGCAUCUCCAAAAUGGGGAAAACUUGGGAGUGUUGUGUCAACAGCAAUGAGGAGAAACUCUCUAGACAAGGAAAAGUAAUCCAAGCAGAAACUGCUGAUGAAGUCAGAGGCUGUGAAUACAGUAGAUGCAGCCAAACCGUGAGCCCAGAGCUAGUCCUUUUUCCAAAAUGUGGAAUGUCUGUAGUAAUGGAUCUCCAUGAGAGUGAUACCCAGAGAAGGAGCUUGGAGUCAGACCAAAGACGAAGUAAUCAAAUCCAUUCACAGAAGAAAUAUUCUGAGGUUAACAAAUGUCAGAAAGCUUUUGGUUAUGAUUUGGACCAAAUUCAGAAACAUGGAAUUCAUGCUGAAGAGCAGCUUCAAGAAAGUGGGAAUUCUUUCUUCCCAAAUAAUGAAGUUACUCUAUGCCAGAGAACUCAUGCAGGAAAAAUGUCUUCUGAAUUGAUUAAAUGUGGGAAGACAUCCUGUCAAACGGCAGAUCGUACUCUACACACUAGUAUGGAAAGUCAAAACGAAUCUCACAAGUGCAGUGACUGUGGAAAAGUCUUCCAGCACAAGAAAAGUCUUACAAAACACUGCAGAUUUCAUACUGGAGAAAGACCCUAUGAAUGUAAUGACUGUGGGAAGGCAUUCUUUUCAAGAAGUGACUGUACCCAGCACCAGAAAACUCAUACAGGAAUAAAACCACAUAAAUGUAGCUUAUGUGGGAAAGCGUUCCUUCGCAAGUCCCAUCUUACCAAGCACAGUCAUAUUCAUACUGGAGAAAAGCCAUAUGAAUGCACAGAAUGUGGGAAGAUCUUCCGCCAGAAGUCACAUCUUAGACAGCACUUCAACAUUCAUACUGGGGCGAAACCAUUUAAGUGCAGUGAUUGUGGAAAGACAUUCCGAUCAAACUCUAGUCUUACUCUGCACCGGAGAACUCAUACUGGAGUAAGAAACUCUUAUCAGUGCAGUGUGUGUGGGAAAACAUUGUCUCAGAAGUGUGGUCUUACUAAGCACAGUCGUAUUCAUACUGGAGAGAAACCAUAUGACUGCAGUGUAUGUGGAAAGGCAUUCACUCAGAAGUCUGGUCUUAUAAAACAUAGUAGUGUUCAUACUGGAGAAAAACCUUUUAAAUGUAGUCAUUGUGGGAAAGACUUUCCCCGCAGUGCAGCACUGGCUCGACAUCAGAGAACUCACACUGGAGAGAAACCCUAUGAAUGUAAUGAAUGUGGAAAGGCCUUCACCCAGAAUUCAAAUCUUUCAGUGCAUAAGAGAAUACAUACCAGAGAGAAACCCUAUGAAUGUAAUGAAUGUGGAAAGGCCUUCACCCAGUUUUCAAAUCUUUCAAUGCAUAAGAGAAUACAUACCAGAGAGAAAUCUUAGGAAUGUGAUUAAUGCAGGAAGGCUUCCCCCAGAUCAGAGCACAUAUUCAACAUUAUAGAACUUGUGAUGGAGAGAAACCUUAUUAAUUUAAUCAUUGCAGAAGAAUACUCUGAUGGGCUGAUCUGGAUUAGAAUGUAAGAGGGCAGUAUUUUAGCUGUAUGCCCAAUUCAUUGGUUUCCUCUUUUUCUAUUUUAUUUAUGUAAGCAUUUAGAGAUGUAAAACUUCCCCUAAGAGCUGUUUUCCCUGCAUCCUAUAAGAUUUGGUAUGUUGUCUCAUUAUUGUCAUUCUCUUGAAUGAAAUUAUUGAUUUUUUCUAUGA